GAAAACCUGCAGAAGCUGGUGCACAUCGAGCACAGCGUGCGAGGGCAGAGCGGCCUCCUCCAGCCUGGAAGGGUCUUUGUUAAAGAGGGAACGCUGAUGAAAGUCUCUGGCAAAACCAGGCAGCCUCGGCAUUUGUUCUUGAUGAGUGAUGUUCUGCUGUACACAUAUCCCCAGAAGGAUGGGAAAUACCGACUGAAGAACACCUUGGCUGUGUCAGGCAUGAAGGUCAGCCGUCCAGUGACAGAAAAAGCCCCGAACGUCCUGAAGAUCGAAUAUGGUGAUUACUGCCUGACCCUGUCAGCAAGCUCCUGCUCGGAACGGGAUGACUGGUACAGCUGCAUCAGCAGACACAUCCCGGAGGACGACACAGCUCACACCACUCCCACUUUCCACAGGAGCGUGGAGCUAAGGGAAAGGCUUGGAGUACCCUUGGGCGAGAGGCCUCCCACCCUGGUACCUGUGUCCCACGCGAUGAUGUGCAUGAACUGCGGCUGUGACUUCACCCUCACUUUGAGGCGACAUCACUGCCAUGCCUGUGGGAAGAUUGUAUGUCGAAACUGUUCGAGAAACAAGUACCCUAUGAAGUACCUCAAGGAUCAAACUGCCAAAGUCUGUGAUAGCUGCUACGUGGAACUUAAGAAAAGGGAGCGGCCGCUAAGUGUGAGCUUCCCUCCAACUUCAUCCAGGUGCUCAAGCAGUGCCUUUGCCUCUGUCUUCCACAAUAUUCAUUAUUCAUCUUUUAAGAAGCAGAAGAAGAUCCCUUCAGCUCUUACAGAGGUUGCAGCCUCAGGAGAGGGAGCUACCAUCAGUGGUUACCUCAGCAGAUGUAAGAGAGGCAAGAGACACUGGAAGAAACGCUGGUUUGUCAUCAAAGGCAAAGUCCUCUACACCUACACAGCAAACGAGGACAAAGUUGCCACAGAGAGUUUGCCUUUGUUGGGUUUCACCAUUGCCCCAGAAAAGGAGGAAGGAAGCACGGAUGCAGUUUUCCAUCUCUACCACAAGCAGACUCUCUUUUACAGCUUCCGAGCAGAGGACAGCAAUUCAGCACAGAGGUGGAUUGAAGCCAUGGAAGAAGCAUCCGUAUUAUAG